AUGGGCAAGGAGAAGCUUCUCCACGCAGCUGGCAAUCGUUAUGAUAAUGCCGUUGGGGACGGCCUGCGUUCUAUCCUUGUUUCUGCGUUUGCUUAUGCGAUUAUCGCCGGUUUCUGCGUUCUCAUGAUUUCCUGGCCACGUCUCUGCUCUAUUACCUUGGCCCAUCGUUCUCUGUGUCUUCCCCCUCCCCUUCACCUUUCUAUUUUCUAG